UCACUCGGAAAAGCCACAUUAAAGUGACUUCAGGCUGGUAUUUACACACAUGAUGGUGCACAUGGUUCGGUUCUCGUUCUAGAAUGCUGAGUGGGAAGCCUUGUACUACUACAGCAAGUAAUCGAUAGGCCAAGAUGGACGCACUGUUGUUUGCCACAGAUUACGAGGAAGCCAUAAUGGGUUGAAUGGCAAGACCUUCAUGCUUUUUAAGAAAUCAAGCACCGUGCGGACGCUACGACGACAUGAGUCAUAACCGCUAUUGGGGACAACAUGACCUGAGCAGAGUGUGCUUGGGUCUGCCCAGUGGCGACGUGGAACACAACCUGACGGAGCUUCAGCAGCGGCAACAGGACAGAGAAUGCAACUCUAGCAUCUUAACACCACAGUCUCCUUGCUACCCCGACUCGUACCACCUCUCCUUGGACAAGACCCUGCGACCUCAUGAAGGAGACCAGGUGGUUCCAUAUUCUGCUACCCAGAGAAGGACCUUGUUUUGGGGCCAGCAGAGAGAUUCCAAACCUCUACCGCCAUUACCCGGCACGGAGGAGCUCAUGUCAGACGAGGCGGCCGACGGUGAGGUGGAGUUCUUCACCAGCGAGCGACGCCCCCUUUUGCCCAAAAGCUGCCCUAAGACUGUGUCCAGAAGCAGAGGUCAGGUAAAUCCUGCCUAUCACGGUGGUUCAUUGCAGCCUGAGAGUGGCGUCCUGGCAUUCUCCUGGCCCGGAGGAGAGGACAGACCGGCUAUUAAAGGAGCUGAUGGCUGGCCACCAAUUAUAUACAGUAAACCUCCAGACUAUUCAUCCAGCGUCCACCCUGAGAAACCUCAAAUUCCUCCCCGCAUUCCAAUACCGCUAAAAACUACAGAUACCGAGGAUAAGCCGCCCAAAAUCCCUCCGAGGGUCCCACUAGUACCACCCUGCCCGCCCCGCUCUCCGAGCCCCAAAAGCCUACCUAUCUACAUCAAUGGUGUGAUGCCGGCCACGCAGAGUUUUGCCACUAACCCGCAAUACGUGAGCAAGGCGAUACUGAGCGACAGAUCGCCACCCACUGAGCAGUCCUCUUCUUGCAUCGUUCCCAUUUUGAAGGAUGGCAGGCAGGCCAGCGCCACGCACUACAUCCUCCUUCCACCACGCCAAAGGACCGACAGGCAAGGACGACUCUUGAGUGAACCUACCAGGAUGGGAAACCAGUGGCAGAACAGAUAAUUAAAAAAAAAAGACAAAGAAACAGAGGACAGAACUGUGCAUCAAAUCAUUCCUUUCGACCUGUCCAUUAGCGAAGGACUUUAGUUGAAUUUAAAAUGUAAAAAAUCCUUUUGACACCCCAUACCAAGUACACCUAAGUUUCCACUCUCUAAAGGUAUUUUAGAAGUGUAUAAAACAUUUCUAAUUUAAAUUAAAUAUAAAAAUAUAUAUUUUAAUUUAAAUUAAAAAAUAUUGUGAUCUACCGUUGCAAGUUAUUUUUCAGGAAUUUUUAAAUGAGAAAAUAUCAAUACUUAUUAAGCAUACAGUAUUUGACUAUUUUAAUCCUUUUAAAUCGUCAAAUACUGCAGACAUAACACUUGUAGGAUAGAGGAAAGACUGCUCAUAGUGUCACCGGCCUUAUCUUUUUCAAUGACUGGUUGGUCUUCCCCCCCCAACAUCCAAUAAUAUUGACACUGGGAGUGUGUUCCUAACUUAAUAUUACCAGUGAGUAUUAGUGCAGUAUUUGCUACAGGUCAACCUGGAAAUCCUCUUAACAUUCCAGUGUUGUCUUCUCAUUCGUUGCAGUGUUAGGUAGCUGCCUUUUUGGGUCUCGAGGAACUUCCUGUUUUCCUUCAGGGCCAGUAUUUCAUGACUGGGUAAUGACAGACAUGGUGCAAGCCAAGCAGAGCUGAUAGUAGAAUGUAUCACACGAUAUGUCAUACAUUGUGAGCAUUGAAUUGCUGUAGAAAACAAGCUGGACUUGUGUCAGUCUCCUCAUUCCAUGUGUAAGUUUUUCAAGAUGCUGCUCAACGUUCACAGGGGUUGUUUUUGUGUGUUUUUUUUAAAAUUGUAGUUCUGGUUAUGCUCUGUGAACUACAUGACCAGUUAUGUCGUUUUAACAGCUCAUAUUCUUCUGUGAGAAAAUAAACCUGUGAAAUGUUCAUUUCCAACAUGACCUUACAAUAGAUCACAUGACUAAAGGCAAUUUUCUCCUGCAAAGUUUAGACUGAAAAUGUAAUCUUUAAUGUAUUUCAUUCAGAUCAUUUUCUAGAAAGAAAACAUCAGCUUAAUGACAAUACAGUGUGUUUAUGUAUGUAUGCUUUGGAUGUGUUACAUUUCCUCUGAGGCUCAGUGCUGUUUACAUCCGCUGUUACACUGACAACUUUGACAUUCUACACAAGGUUCCACUUUAUCCACAGUGAACACUGGAAGUUCAGGAGCUUGUAGUCUUUUGCUUAAAAAGUGAUCUUGAUCUAUUUAUAAAUAACUUAUUAAUUUCA